AUGUUUUUCAAGUAAGAAAUUGUCUAUAGAUAGCUUUGCUCGUUUUUUUAAUUAGCAAUAAUAAUUAGAAAGUCUUUUAGCUAAUCCAGAUUGUGAUUUAGAAACAAUUUUAUCAGCAGAUGGAAUUUUACAAGAAAUAAAAGGAUUAGGUGCUACGAAAUUUGCUGAUCAGUAUUAAAUUGAGCAUAUAAAUAGUGUCAUAAAGCAUCCAGAAAUGUAUUAAAAAAUGAUUGAUUACAUAAUAUAAUUUGAAGAUGAACUUAUUAACAAGAAAACUCAAAUUUAGUAAUAUUUAAAUAAUAUAUUUAGAUACCCAUUUUUAACAAGUGAGAUCUUGGGUAGUUAAAAUUAGAAAUUAAUUGAUUAUUUAUUUGAAUGUCCAGAAGAGGAAAUUGAAAAUGAAAAUAAAUAAAUACGUCAAGGUUUAUACAACUAACUCUUAUCAUUCUUGGAAAAUGAUAUUUUAAAUGUUACUUCAGCAGGAUAUUUUGCAAAAACAUACAUAGCAAUAAUCAAGAAGAGAGGAUUUGAUGUAUGAGUUUUUUAAAUAAUUAGGUUUGGGCAACGAUUGUAAAAAACAAAUCAAUAAUUUAAAACUUGAUCAAACAUAUUGAUAUUAAACAUAUAUCAGAGAUAAUAGAAAAAUUAAUAAUUUUAGAUACAUCUUAAGAAAAUUAUGAAGAGAAAUUUUUUGAAGAAAGGAAAGCAUUAUUAGAAAGAAUAAUGAGAUUAUUAUAACAUAAAUCUUAUAAUAUAGAAAUAGUGGAUAAUGUUUGUGAUAUAUUAAUUGAAAUUACAACUAAGAGUAUGAGUUCUUUAUAUUAUAACAAUGGAGAAAUUAUACCAUUCAUAGAUAUAAUAAGAAAACCUGAAUUGUUUUUGAAAUUAGCUUUAUAGACAUAGCGUAUAGGACCUUAUUAAUUAUUAAUCAAUUUGGUUGAAAUGUAAUCUAAAGAAACUAAAAAAGAAGAUGAUGAUGAGGUUGUUCAUAAUUUAGAAAAGGAUUAUUCAAUCUUUGAAUCUAUUCUACCAGAAUUACCUUAAAACCUUUUGAAUUAAGAUUAUCAUACAAGCAAUUUUAUUAAUUCAAAUAGAUUAUCAAUUUAACCUUUUGGAUUAGCAAGAAUGCACUUAUUAAGACUUAUUCAAGUUCUUGUUUAGUAAUUAUUUACUUAUUAAUAAGAACUAACGAUAACAAAAUCAUAAAGACCUUAUUAAAUAAUAGACUUAUUGAAACAUUGUAGAUUAUCAUUCUUAAGUAUGAGUCUAAUAAUCAAAUUCAUUCUUGUUGUGAUAAAAUAUUAAGAGCAAUUAUAGACUUAAAUUAAGAUGAAUUUACUAAUGAUGUAAAGUAUUUUAAAUUCUUUCAAUAGGUUUUGGAAAAUAACAAUCUUCUAAAUUAUAUUAUUCUAAAUCAUAAAACAGAAAAUACUAAAAAAGGAUUCAUAGGAUUUAUGACUUCUAUCUCCAAUUAUUUAGAAGAUAAGAGUAAAUAAAAUAAUAAAAUUUUAAAAUUGCUUCGUAUUAGUAAAAUUAUAAUAUUAAAUAAUAGAUGAAUAAUGGUAGUAAUUUAUAGAAAAUAUCUUAAAUAAUGUGAAUUCUAAAGAGAAACCCUUUUUAUGUAAUGCUAAUCCAAGACCAAGUUAAGAACCUGAUGUUCUUGAUGAAUAAGAAACUGAUAACAUUUUGAACAUUUUAAGAGUAUUUAUACUAAUAUUUAAAAUUAUUAGAAAUUUAACAAUAAUUUUUAAAAGAGUGAUAAACAUGUUGGAAAUAAUGACAAUGGAGAGGGUAUUUAGAGAAAUACUGAAGUAUUAAAUGAAUUUGAACAGGAUCCUAAAUAAGAUCCUGAAGAAGAUCCUUAAGAGGAUAAUCCCUAAGAUGAAGAAGUUCAGGAUGAAUAAGAUUAAGAUUAAUAAAUUGAUUAUGAUUAAGCUGUAGAAGAUAUUUAAGUUUAAUAAGAAUAUAAUCAAAACAAUUUCUGGAAAUUGGAUAUAAAUGAAAAAUUAGCUCAAGAAUUAUUGGAUAAUUUUGAAUGA